AUGACCAGACCCCAGAUGAUUCGCGCAGACACGCCUUCUGCUAAGAAACACAAAUCUCCAUCGUCGAACGCAGCGCCGAACGGGUCACUCGCGCCGCACCAGGCUGAAACUUUGCGCGAAGUUGAAGACGAUAGGGCUGGCGAGGAAGCUCGAAGUCCUAGGAUCUCGUGGACCGAUGGUGAUAGCAGUAGCGAUUUGCAGCAAUACGCCGAACAACUCGCGAAUUCCUUGAAUGGCAACAAGAUGCAAUCCGAAGAUGCGCUCGCAAUCGCGCAGAAUGGAGGCGUCUUGGGGAAUGGCUCCGACGAUGGUGACAUGGACGCCGACGCGGAUGAUGGCCUUGAUGAUGACAUGAUGGAUAAGAUUUCGAGUUCUCCUUCAAUUGAAGAUGGUGGGUACACCCUUCCGCCUCCUGCUUGGCCACGGCGCGUCGACUCGCUACGUCCUCUGGCCCUGCAUUCCGUUUCCCUCAAUUUUCCAGCACCCAGCGAGAUGAGACUACCUUCACCGUGUCUCGAAUCCGUUGAACACCCAUCUAUACACCCCCCAGAUCAGCAGGCAAGCAAGGCUUCUGCUUAUAAGUCAAAUCAUCAUCAUCAUCCUUUUCCUGGUGAGUAUAACGGAUCGACCGACCGCGCGAACCAUACAGAAGACCCGGACGACCUGUCACUACCCGAAUCCGAAUCGAGCAUGUAG